UGUACGGGACUGACUGUGGAAGCACCGGACACACGGUUGAGCGCUGAAUAACUCCAAACAAGAUCCAACACUGGAAGACGCUCCAUUAACUUCCUGAAAAAGCACCGAACUGCUGGAGUUUCCCAUCUGUUUAUAUUCUCGGAAUGGAAUCGUUUGCUCCUUUUGGCACUGCUACCGGGAGCGGACAGUAGCUGAUAUCCCGUCUAUCAAAGGGAAGCAUGCAUUGAAACGCCUUGGAAAAUAUCUCCAGCCAACUCGAACAAUAAAAGUACCUGCAACAUUCGGAAUUUUCGUUUUAUGUGCUUUUAUCGACGAACACGCAAAUGGCAUUGGACAGAUAUUUUGGUAGUCCUGUGACUGAAAGUUAGGCUUUGUUCUUGAACACUUUGAACAUGGAUAUAGGUCGAUAAAUUGCGGACAAAAACUGUUAGGCAUCAGAAACUAUAGUUUGGAUUUAAGUACAUAUCUAUGAACUGGGAUCGAACGCGUAAGGAGUCUAAUUUUAAAUCUGACACAUGAUCAGGACCGGAUCUGUGCAACCCAACGUGGGAUUGACGGUCGUAAGCAGGGAAAGAUCCGUAUACCUGGCUGCACGUCACUCACAAUCUAUCAGGCGUGAUUUGACCUUUAUAAGGUCAGCGUUAGAAACUUAAAUAAUAGAUGAAAACAACAAAACCGACACGCGUUGCCGUCUACUUGAGUGCAAGGUAGCAGCGAUUUCGGUAACAGAGACACGUUGGCCCAGAAGCCGUCGUGCAACAUUGUGCGACACCUUCUUCCUUCAGGCAGCACUAGAAAAUUUGGAUUUGGAAGUUUACAUGGAGCUCCACAGCCAGGACGCCUGACCGACACGCCAUUCUGUUGAAUGUGGUUCAUAAACCCGGAGUACAGUCGAUCGAAAGGAUCUUAUCUUCUUGCGGGCUUGUGUCUCUCCGUGUACCGUGUAAGAUGGCUGGAAGUGACGGCUCGUGGAAAUAUUAUCUGUGGAUUGUGACAGUCAUGUGCAGAUACGCGUUACCCGCAGCCAAAUCACUGGAGUCUGUCGUGUGGAAUUCCCAAAAUUCUAAGUUUGUGUCUGGGAAGGGCUUGGUGAUCUACCCAGAGAUUGGGGAUAAACUGGACAUUAUCUGCCCCAAAGGAGACAUGGGGCGGCCGUAUGAGUUUUAUAAACUCUACUUGGUGAGAAAAGAGCAGGCGGAGUCCUGCAGCACUAUACUGGACCCGAAUGUCCUGGUGACGUGCAACAAGCCAGAGAAAGACAUCAAAUUCACCAUCAAGUUCCAGGAGUUCAGUCCAAACUACAUGGGACUUGAGUUCAAGCGUUUCCAAAACUAUUACAUCACCUCCACGUCUAAUGGAACACAGGAAGGUUUGGAAAACAGAGAAGGUGGGGUUUGUAGCACGAGAUCCAUGAAGAUCAUCAUGAAAGUGGGCCAAGAUCCAAAUGCACCAGAUCCAGAUUUGACGGACCUCCCAGACCGAAACCAGGACAAUGAGAUCAAGGACCCCACAACGAGCCCCUCCCGCAAGAGAGACAGAGAUCGAGAAAUAGAGGAGAAUGGUUUGCCCGGCAAAGACACGAGAAACCAAGAAAACACUUCGGGUUCAGUGGAGGGCAUUUUCGGCUCUAAACCCGCUCUCUUCGCCGCAAUUGGAGCGGGCUGUGUCAUCUUUCUCCUCAUCAUCAUCAUCCUCAUCGUCCUGCUCCUCAAGCUUCGCAAGAGAACCCGCAAGCACUCGCAGCCCAGGGGCGGGACUUCCCUGUCACUCAGCACUCUGGCCACGCCCAAAGGAGCCACCCAGUCUGGCUCAGAACCGAGUGACAUCAUCAUCCCCCUGCGGACAACAGAGAAUAACUACUGUCCACACUAUGAAAAAGUGAGCGGAGACUAUGGGCACCCCGUCUACAUUGUUCAGGAAAUGCCUCCCCAGAGCCCAGCCAAUAUCUACUACAAAGUCUGAGGGAAAAGGGAGAGAAGUAACCGCAAUAAGAACAUGUUUUUCUAAGGUAUCCUGAAUCUUUUUAUCACUAGCCAACCCUGUUUGCUACAUGUCAGAGAACGGAGAAAAGGAAAAGAGGACUGAGGAAAGACUGUGGAUAAUACGCCUCUCGAAUUUCCUUUAACUGAACACUACACUGUGUGUAUGUGUAUGUGUGUGUGUGUAUGCGAAACAGAAGAGAACCCCACAAUGUGUGGCACUCAGGCAUAGACUUCAGUGCUGAAGAAGAGCCUUUAACCAAUCACAGAGGGACACUAGAUCAUCAUUACAAUGCAGGAAGCUCUCAUUUGUCUGUUCGCAUGGUUUUGUACCUUAACUCCUUGCUUAUUUUUUGUCUAUUUUUCAUAUCCCACACAGUGUUUUCUUCAGUAUCAGCCGAUUCUCUCAGCGUUCAAACGGUGUUUCUGUUAAAGACUGUUAAACUCAUUUGCUUCUGUCUCUCUAGAUGCCCAUCCAUUUGAGGCAAUUAAACAACACGUACGCUCCCAAACACACAUUGGUGUUCACGGGUCAAGUACAGCGAACAGCCUCUUGGUGCAUAAAGAUUGACAUAAGGAAAUUGUAAGCAGGUGAAAAUCUGUGUCAGUCUUUACAGAACUCCCAGAAUGCUUUGCUAGAUGGAUCGCGUUGGUUCGAGAAUUAUUUCAGUUGAAAUUCUCACUUUCUCUCAGCAAAAUACAAGUAGACAUUUGCUGUGUAUUGUCAGUGAUGCGUGAAGUGCAGAAUAAUAUUUGUAUUUUGUCAUAAUUUUUUUUUUUUUUUGUAAGUCAGAAAUUUUUUUUGCCUCUACACCGUGAGCCUAUGACCUAUUUUCAGACAUAAAACAUGUUAACGUAUUUUCUUUGCAUAAUUUAGUCCACUAACAUGUGUUUUUUGUGUAUAAUUCAUGUCACGCUAUCGGGAUGUAGACGUGGACUCUUAACAGUAUGACAGCGUGUGUGUAGAGUCCCACACAGAAGCCAAAUAUUCAUAAACAUACAAGAUACAUCAAAAAUAUGCCUUCAUUUCUCCUUUCUCUCAGAUAUGCACAUAAAUGAUCCUUAUUAGCAUACAAACACACUUAUUUUCAAAAAAUAAUCAAAAACCACAAAUCCGAGAAUGAAAACAAGCCCACCGAACCGUCACGGAGAAUCUAGCGCUAGAUCUAUUUUUAUACAGACCGCACGUGAAAUGAUAAACAGUAAACAGUGGCGGCAGGUGUGUUUACACCUAUGCUAAUUUAAAAUUAGAUGCAUUUGCAUCUGGCCUCCAGCGCAGCCAAUCGGAGAAAGCCAACGUUCCUCUGUUGCUUUCUCAUUUUUUUGUAAUAAUAUUUCGAUUUAUCGCUGUUGUUUUCUCCCCUCUAUUAUUUAGACCCAAGAUUAUGUAAAUAAUGUAUGUUGGGAAAAAUUGUUGAAUAUAAAGUUCAAUUUUAUUAGAUACCCUGUUAUUAAAAAUAUAAUUAGGAUUUUUUUAAAAUUGCAAAACUUUUGUAAAUAGCAGUCUUUUUUGGAAAAAGAUAUUUUGUAAGUAAAAUGUUUCAGUGGUUUUUCGUUUCUUUUUUUUUCAUUUGAUUUGUUUGCUUGGUUUCUCAUUAAGGAGACUUAGAUGUCCCAGUAGGACGGUUUUAAAAGGUCAUCCCUAAAGCAGCAGCAAAAAAUCCCACACAUUUAAGUCCCGCACAUACAGACACACUUUGUCCUCCCUAUUACACAAGGGAAGGACGAUAUUUUUGCUUUGUUUGGUUUUUACAAAUGCUGUGAUAGAACCAGGUCAAAUAUUACAUGUCAUGGUUCAUGGAAAAGAAAAAGAGGAGAGAGAUGCCUCCAAACACACACACACACACACACACACACACAUUAUAAGCACCAGCAGGGUACAAGAACAGACCUAAACCAGCAACAGCUCGUGUAAAGUGUGCAUGUGUGUGCGCCUGAACAGAUGUUAGCGACAGAUCAGCUCUUUAUCAUUUACAUUGGAAGAGCACUUAGCAGAAAUUCCCGACUUUGUUUUUCCUUUCGAAACGCAGGGGUGGACUGGCCUUGAAACUGUUUGAAAAUGUUUACUCCAGAUUUAGCAAUAACAGCGGUUUUCCCUCCAAGCUAAUUACGACAGCAUCUUCUGUGAAUUGCUGUGCCUGUAGUUUUACACAACAGUGGUAGCGUGAUCAUUUUGAGUGACUGACUGCGUUCGGCUGGAGGGAAUAAUGUUCGGUAGCUUAGCCCACAUUUAGUUGACGGCACACAACUGUUUGGCAGCUUGACUGAUUUGCUUGUACGAUAGAGUCUGAAAAAUCUUUAACCACCUUGUUUGUUAGAUUAAAGUUGAUUAUGCUCUAAUUCUGUGGUCAGACACCUGAGGUGUUGUGCGCUAAGUUUUUAGCAAUGGAUCUUUCUGACAUCUGUUAAUAACAUUUCACCCAAUGAGGUUGACUUAUUCGAGAACGUAUUUAAACACAAAUGCGCACACGCACACACUGUCUCGCACUCCUCCCCUCAGGCACAGAGACGGAUUGGUGGCGACUCUUGACCUUUUAAGGAUUAUCACAAUAUUAUGAGAGAGACAAAUCUAAUGAGAAAACCUUUUCCAUGGCCUUGAUCCAUCCCCAUCAUACACAGUUCAUCCACUCUUUCACAAUAUGGACUUGUUCACGACAGAGGAUACAGUGCAUUGGCGAGGCCGUGGGCCAACCGCAACUUCCACAAAAAACUGUUCAGCUUUUUACAGCACAACGUUUCCUCCCUCUGUCGCUGUUUUUUAUUGUUAUUCAGUCGAUUACAUUACUAUUGUUAUAAUUUUCAUUUACUAAGAUUUUGUUGCAGAUUUUGUUCAGUAUUAUUAAGUUUUGUUGUAUGUGUUGGCAGUGCUGAUGCCCCCCGGUAACAGCAUUUGUGUAGAAUUCACACAGUGUCCUCAGAGUUCCCCGAUAUAUGACACUUAAGCCAAGUCUCAACCCUCAGAAAGCAUUUUAAAAGGAUAAAUAAAGUUUUUCCUAUGGAA